UCCUGGCCAUGAAAUGCACUAACCACAGCAUUGCCACGCUGGUUUGUGGUGCUGGCAUUCUGUCCGCCUUUCAAUUCACCUCAACCGCUGCUGGCAACACCCUUGCUUUUCCAGUUUGGAACUUGCUAAAGUAAAAAAAAAAAAGUGUCAACUGACCUGAAGUCUUAAUAGAAGCAUUUGAUGUGGGCGUACCCUACAUAGGUUAUAAAGCAUCAGCUCUAUGGCAGCCUUCCGUAAAAAGCCUCAGGAUUUCAAAUUGCUUUUAAAGAGAUGACUUCUCACCCAUCCACGACCCACGUUUCCCGGGGAAAUAAAAGCAGAAGUUCUCAAAGGGGCCAGACAGAAGUACAAAGUGUCUGCACAGCUUUGACGCCACAGUGUUUCAAGGUAUGUACCCUCUGAUUGUGAAGCCUCUUCCACUCUCUUUCCCUCUCUCUCUCUAGAAUACUCAAGACUUUACUGAUGAAAGCCCACCGAGUUCUCUACCGUAAAGAGUUUUGACAACUAAACCAAGAAAAGUAAAGGAAAAUACCAGCUGCCACUCUGCAGGUGACAUUAAUUACCAAUUACGGGAUACAUUCAAAGCCUCCAGGAUACACAGACGAACCAGGAAGCAAAAAAGAAACGGAAGCCAUGGACAACCUCACCACUGCGGCCGGGAACGGCAGUGUCUGCACCAGAAAUUACAAAAUCAACCAGGUCCUCUUCCCGCUGCUCUAUACUGUCCUGUUUUUCAUUGGACUCAUCACAAACAGCCUGGCAAUGAGGAUUUUCUUUCAAAUCCGCAGUAAAUCCAACUUCAUUAUUUUUCUUAAGAACACAGUCAUUUCCGAUCUUCUCAUGAUUCUAACUUUUCCAUUCAAAAUCCUGAGUGAUGCUGAACUGGGGACAGGGUCGCUGAGGGCCUUCGUGUGCCAAGUUACCUCCGUCAUAUUUUAUUUCACGAUGUACAUCAGUAUCUCAUUCCUGGGACUGAUAACUAUCGACCGCUACCAGAAGACCACCAGGCCAUUUAAAACAUUCAAACCCAACAAUCUCUUGGGGGCCAAGGUUCUUUCUGCUGUCAUCUGGGUGUUCAUGUUCUUAAUCUCUCUGCCCAACAUGAUCCUCACCAACAAGAAGCCGAGAGAGAACGUGAAGAAAUGCUCUUUCCUCAAAUCGGAGUUUGGCCUGGUCUGGCAUGAAAUAGUCAAUUACAUCUGUCAAGUCAUUUUCUGGAUUAAUUUUUUAAUUAUCAUUGUAUGCUACACGCUCAUCACAAAAGAACUAUACAGGUCAUACAUCAGAACAAGGGGGGUGGGCAAAGUUCCCAAGAAAAAGGUGAACGUCAAAGUUUUCAUUAUCAUUGCUGUGUUUUUUAUUUGUUUCGUGCCUUUCCAUUUUGCCCGAAUUCCUUACACCCUCAGCCAAACCCGUGAUGUCUUUGACUGUACUGCUGAGAAUACCCUGUUCUAUGUGAAAGAGAGCAUGCUGUGGCUAACUUCCUUAAACGCGUGCCUGGAUCCCUUCAUCUACUUUUUCCUUUGCAAGUCCUUCAAAAACUCCUUGAUGAGUAUGUUGAAGUGCUCCAAUUCGGUAACAUCUCCAGCCCAAGAGAAGAGGAAAAACGGGCAGGAUGGUGGUACCCCAUUCGUAGAAACUCCAAUGUGAACACGUAAACUGAGGAAACAUUUCACUCUGUCAGUGUUUGGAACUCCCAAAUGGAAAGCACUAUACAAAAUGAUUAACGCUGAUUAAGAAGUGACUGAGUUAACAGCAAAGACUCUUGAAACAAUAAGUCGAAGAUCGCAAAUGUAAUUUUCAUUUCCUUUUCCAGUAGAAAAGCUAUCUUAAAUUGUAGAAAAGUGACCAACAUGCAGCUGUGUAGAAGAACAAAUUGUAUCCAACUGCCAUCCUGCGUGCAAAACUACACAGAAUUUAUGAUUUGCGGGGAGGGUGUCGAUAAAAUAUUGACUAUGGUUCUUUAAAUACAUUUCUGAUCAUAAUCCUAUUUUUUUUAAGACUCAACUAAGAAACAAUGAUCAAUCUGAUAUAAUCCUUAGACAAAUAAUUACACAUCCUAUUCUUAGUUCCUUAAUGAAAUGCUGACCUACUGUGAUACUUAUUACAGAAACGUAGGUAAAUGGAAUCCAAAGCCAAAGAAUGACUGCUAACUUUUAAUUACCAGUAAAAUCCUGUUGUUGUUAGGUGCCGCUGAGUUGAUUUCCUACUUACAGCGACCCCAUGUGACACAGCAGAACUGCCCCCAUAGGGCUUCUUAGACUGUGAUCUUUAUAGGAGCAGAUUGUCAGGACUUUCUCCCACAGAGCCACUGAUGGGUUUGAACCGCUAAUCUUUCAGUUAGCAGCCAAGCACUUAACUCUUGUGCCACCAGGGCUUGGGACUUAAACUAACUGGCAUAGUUUUUUACUGGACUGAGUUUUUUACAUGUUCAUUAACAAGACAGAGGUUUCAAGAACACCUUUCCAGUAAAGACAGCAGAAAUAGCAAAAGGAGUCACUAAAAUAAGGACACUUAUUUUUAUGAUAUUCUAAUACUAAAAAUUCUGACUAUUUCCUUAACACUGGUGAAACUGGUUUUAGUACUACUUUGACAACUUUAGUGGCUACAACACCAUUAUUGACAUUUACCUUUAUUAACUGGCUUCAAGAAAAUACCUGCUACUUAGGUCAGUGAACAUUUCCCUUAGCGAGAAAAAUGACUUAAAUAUGAUUAUGCAGUAACACAGCAUAACUUUUAAGAGGAAAGCAAUUCAAGUGUUUGGAACUGCCUGUUUGUAUGUAUGCAUGUAUAACAUGAAAAAUUUACAUUAAACUCUA